UCAACAGUUUAUCGAUUCAGUUGCUUUCGUGCCAAUUUCUGCCUCCCUGCAGCGUCCCAGCUGAUUGCUACGGCACUCCUUCCCAGCGCUUGAGUCCUCUCUGCGUCCACUGGUGGUUGAAGCUGCUUUGGAGAAGGAGGAUGACGGGCUGAGAGAGCUGGAGAAGAGAGGCGGCCGGCCAGGAUCAUGGCUGUUUUUGACACCCCGCAAGAGGCCUUUGGGGUCUUGCGUCCGGUGUGCGUCCAGCUGACCAAAGCACAGACCGUGGAGAAUGUGGAGCGCCUCCACACUCAGCUGCAAGCCGUCAGUGACGCGGCUCUGCAGGAACUUCAGGAAUACGUCCUCUUCCCUUUGAGGUUCGCCCUCAAGACGCCGGGGCCGAAGCGUGAGCGGGUGGUCGAAAGCGUGGUGCGGUGCUUGACCCUUGUGCUCUCGACGACCUGCGUGAAGAAGCCCGAUCUUCUCCUGGAGCUGUUCUCGGAGCUCUGCCUGUGUUUGGCGUCUCCUUCCAGCCCGCCCCAGCUGGCCCCGUGCUCGGAAGAACUGAAAGAGGUGGUGAUUCAGGCCCUCCUGGCUCUGCUGCAUUCCGCCUACGGGGACAUCCUCCUGUCUCUCUACCAGCCCUCCAGCCUCCCCCAGCUUGGCUUUGCCGUGUCUUUGCUGCUGUCCGUAGCAGAACAGGAGAAAGCCCAGUCUUUGAAACUCCUGGCCUUGAGGUGCUUGCGGUCUCUGAUCUUGCAGUGUGACUGCCAGGAGGGCCACCGGCCCCUGGAUGAGGAUGAGGAGAGGCAGUGCGGGGACCUCUUUGCUUCCUUCCUCCCUGGGCUCUCCCUCACCCUCUCCCGGGUGAUCGGAGCAGAUGCCAAGCAGGGCCACGCCGUCGUGGUCUCCGCCCUGGGGCUCUUCUCUCGAGCCGUCGGCCUGGUCAUGGCGGAUGAGCAACUGGCGCGCGUCCCUACAGAGAGGGAGAAGCUGGCCUUGGAGCAGAGUAAAAUAUCAGAACUCAUGAUCCACAGAGGUGCUGAGUGGGCCCAAAGCACAGCGGCCAAACUCUCCAUCCUCAUUCAGAAGGUGGUUGCGUUUGUGUCUGUCCACCCUCACUGGAAGGCGAGGCAGGCGCUCGUGGAGACGGUCUGCCUCCUGAUGUCCAAAUGUAGCCGGUCCUUGGCGGGAUCGGCGGGCCACCUUUUAAAAGCCUUAGUGAGUCUCAUGAACGACGAAAGGCCAGAGAUCCAGGCUCAGAGUCACGAGGUCCUGAGGAGCAUCGCAGCCCAAGGGAAGGUAGCCGAGAACCGGCGGCUGGCUGAUGUCCUCUCGGAGGAUCUCCACUCCCUGGCCACGGCUCUCCCUCGCUUGAUGAACUCCCAGGAUGACCAGGGCAAGAUUUCGACCCUGAACCUGCUCCUGGGCUACGUGAAGCUGUUGGGCCCCGCCGUGAACGUGGUCCUCGCCUCCGCCUCCCACCUCCAGCGCCUCUCCAAGGCCCUCGUGCAAGUCCUGGAGUUGGAUGUGAAGGACGUGAAGGUUGUGGAGGAGAGGCGCUGGGGCUCAGGAGGAGCCUUGAGGGAGCCUUCGGGAGCCCCGCUGGAGCCUUUGUGGGAGGGCCCCGUGCGGAGGAAGAACUUCCGGUUCUUCACCGAAGACCGGGUUCUCUUCCUUCUCCAGCAGAUCUGUCGGGCUCUGGGCUACUACGGAAACCUCUACCUCUUGGUGGACCAUUUCAUGGAGCUCUACGGGGAGUCUGCCUCGUACCGGAAGCAGGCGGCGAUGGUGGUCAACGAACUGGUCACUGGAGCGGCCGGGCUGGACGUGGAUGUCCUGCAGGAGCGGGAAAGCGGCCCGAGCGCCGAGGAGCUCAGAGGGGUUGUGGCUUCUGUGCUGGACGAAUACGUGGACCAAGCCAACUGGCACUUGGUCACCAGCGUGGAGGCCGAAGACUCUGCAGAUGAACCGUUUGGGAAGCCGCCUGGGCUGCUGGCCAUUUCGCCGGGGGCACCCAGCCGGCCCCUUCCUUCCUUGGACCCGAGGCCCACGAUCCACUCCCUGAACAGCCACAUCUGGCAAAUCGGCAUCCAGCUGGAAGGGAUUGGCCGCUUCGCCCAGGCCCUGAAAGGAGACUUCCGUUUGCUUUUGAUCUCGGCCCUCUACCCUGUCCUGGAGAAAGCAGGCGACAGGGUGCUCCUCAUCAGCCAGACAGCCAAGGCCACCGUGGUGGACAUCUGCCAGGCCUGCGGUUAUGCUUCCGUCCCUGAGCUCAUCAACCAGAAUGCGGACUACUUGGUGAACGGCAUUUCCUUGCAGCUGCGACACCAGGCUCACGAGUCCCACGCCUCGCGGGUCCUGGAGGCCAUGCUCCGGCACUCGGACGCAAAUGUCCUGCCUUUGGUGGAGGACGUGAUUCAGGACACCCUGGCCAGGCUUGACCAAUGCCACAGUGACCGAGUCUCUUCGUUCCUCAGUGUCAUGCACACAUUGAUGAUGAUGCUUGCAUCCUGGUCCAGCCCGGGGGACCCAGCGGAGAAGGAUUUGGAACACGAUCCAGCGCCUGCUGUCCAGCAGCCCACCCCGGAGGCGAUGGAGGAAUUUUUCCAGGACUACAUCAAGCAGAAGCGGAUUGCAGAGGGCGACCUCUCCGAUCCCGAGGAGGAGGGCGAAGAGGAGCCACGGCCAGCUCCAAAGCCCGAAGCGGACGAGCAGAGGGAUGCCGAGGAGAGCCGGCUGCCGCUCCCCGCCCAGAUGGCUAAGGACGUGAUGGAGAGAUGCGUGCACUUGCUCUCGGCCGAGAGGCUCCGUGUACGUCUGAAGGUACGGAGCCUCCGAGCGGCCGUGCUGUGGGGGGGGGACCUUGGGGGCUGCCUUCUCCCAUGUCCCCACCGAACAUACCUCCCCGCGGGAUUUCUCUGUACCUCACGAGGCUCCUUGGUGGGACUUUGGCAGGUGCUCUGCACCCUGGGAGCCCACAGCGGCGACUUCCUCCGGCGACGAUUCUCCAAAGACGUCCUGCCCAAGCUGGCCGGCUCCUUGGCCUCCCAGGCGCCCGUCAGCGCCCGCGCUGGGCCCGUCUACAGCCACACCCUGGCCUUCAAGCUGCAGCUGGCCGUGCUCCAGGGCCUCGGGUCGCUCUGCAAAACCCUGGACCUUGGAGAGAGUGACCUGAAUAAAGUGCUGGCGGCCGGGCGGCCUUACCUCAGCGCCAAGCAGCCGGGGAAGUUGCAAGAAGCUGCCUGCAGCAUCUUCCUCCACCUCAUGCAGAUGGACCCGGACGCCGUCUGGUUCUUUCUCAACAGCAUCUGGUGCCCCCACGCCUACAAGCCCCCUCACCCCAGCCUGGCCCCCGUGAAGCUGGGCGGCAUGGGGAAGACACGGAAUGAGUUCACCGACAACGUUCAGCGCCUGCUGGAUGAGCUGCACCGAAGAGAGGGGUGGUCCCCCUGAGAGCCCCCCUCCCGGCCCCCAUGAGAGGCAGGCAACCGGGAGACCGGCCCCUCGCUCCCAGUGGGCUCUGAGUAGGAAGGAGAAGGACGGGGGCCCUGCCAUGGUCUUGAUGGCUCGGCUUGGAUGGGGAGCAUCAUAGAAGGUGGCCGGAGAGCAGCCUCCAAAGGCGCUACGUUUGGGGGAAUCCACACAUGCCCAGGAACAUGACGUUUGACUUCCGACUUGUCAACUUCUUCUAGGCAGUUUUUCAGCUCUCCUGAUGUGGAUUUUCUCCCCAGAUAGUCUCAGUG